UAUUAAUCCCCUCCUAAGAAAAUACGUUUCAAAAUCGACGGCUGAUAUACUAAACAAGCGUUUCAUAUAGUUGACUGAUGACAAAAGUCUGCAACUGCGUUUCGAUAAAGCGGAUUGAUUCGCUUCUUCUCCCAACAUUCCUGAGAAACCAAGAAAAGCGAAUCUAAAGUUAAAGAUGGCGAUGAAGAAGGCUAAAGAGAUCGUUUCCAGCAAUGCCGUCGUUGUUUUCAGCAAGUCGUAUUGCCCAUACUGUGUGAAAGUGAAAGAUCUUUUGAAGAAACUGGGAGCUAAAUUCAUCGCAGUUGAGCUCGACAAAGAAAGUGAUGGUGCACAAGUUCAAUCAGCUCUUGCAGAAUGGACAGGACAACGCACCGUUCCCAAUGUAUUCAUAGGUGAAAAACACAUCGGUGGCUGCGAUUCGGUAACCAACUUGCACAGAGGCGGUAAGUUGGUUCCUCUGUUAACUGUGUCCAAACCAAGUUCAAAAAUCCGGUCCAGUAUCACAAAAGCCCGACAAGGAGAUAAUAUGCCCACGGAAGUUGAAGGUCCGUCCCGAGCUAGGAAGACAAGCCACACUGAACUGACACGGUCAAAGCAAAAACAUAAAGGAGGUCGGGACAUUAAAUAUGAUUUUAAAGACACUUGAUACUUGCCAAAGAUCACGUCACCAUUAUGAUCCAUUACUUUUGUACUCUUAUUCUCUGAUACCCCAGAGUCACCAUUGUUGUAUCACUUGUGUGAGAAAAGAAAUUCAAAAAAAUGAAUGUUUAAAAUUGUUUGUUUUAGGAAAUCUUCAUUAGAGUUCUUCA